UGGAAUAACAAAGAAAUAUUGAUUAAAUUGUACAUAUUUAUUUUUACAAUUAUGCGCCGAUCAUAAAAUAAUCGCGAGAGCCGGCGGCGCCCGCGCGAUAAACAUAUUCUGAAAAAGCAUUAGACGCCGGCGAUCGCCUCGGAGCUCGAAGUCAGAAAACGUUAGAUGGGGGAAGAGGCAGAGGAGAAAGGGACAAACUCAGCCGCGAACGUAGCCGAGUGCGCGACGGCUCACGCCGAUCGCAGCCGAGCGCGCGUGCCUCACGGAUAGGGGGAGUGCGAUGUGUGCGUGAGCGUGCCCGGGCUUGAAAUCGCAUCACAGGACUGGCCAUCAUCAGGGGGCCACUUUUAAUUGGUCCGACUGCCACCAGACGACGCAACGAUUUUGUAAUACAGAGUUCUUUUAUAUUUAAGUUUUUCUAAGUUCUUUUUCAGUAAUUAGAGCCACCGCACAAGCUUUUUCGUAACACGAUUUAUUUACAGGUAUGCAACUUUUAAACCCAAAAAUCUGCCUUUCUAACACUACCAGACCAAAAUUUUGUGAUCUUCCCUUUAUUGAUAUAUUUAUUAAUGCAAAUGAUUUGAGUACAGCUGAAGUUGAAUACAAUUCAUUAAUUAAUGUUAACUGGAAUUUUUUAUACGGAAAUAAUAUAUUUGAAAGUAGUUUUAGUUUUUGGCCUAUUGUAGCACAACAUAAGAAUGCUGGAAAUUUUUUAGCUUUUAAUACAAUAGCACAAUAUGUUUUGAAAAUUCUAACUUUGCCAAUGUCAAAUGCAGCGGUCGAAAGGGUCUUUAGUGUUAUGAAUGCAUCAAAGGACAAAAUGAGAAACAGAAUGGCAACUGAAAUGUUAAAUGCACUACUCAUGAUUAAGUCACAUUGUUAUGCAAACCAAUUUUGUUGUAGAAAUUUUGUUUGCACACAGCAAAUGUUGGAAAACUUUAAUAAUAAACAUAUGUAUUUAUGUAAAAACACAAAUGCGUUUGAAGAUGAGCAAUAUAAAGAAGAUAUGUAUAUCGUAGAGGCUGUGAAUGAAGAUAAUAAUGUUGACAAAACUACAAACUUUUGUAGUUCAAAAUAAAUUAUAGAAUAUGCUACAGAAUAAGAUGCAUGAUUAAAAUAUACUUUUAUAGAGAAAUAAAAUCUCGUUUUCUUUUCUUCGCACAUUCGCAUUCUUGUCAAUUAAAAAAUAUCGAUUUAACUGUAAUACUACUACCUAACUAAUUAACUUUAUUCAGUUUUUUUAGAUAACAUAAUAGAAGUACACAAAAUAAUAGAAUAUUUACGAUUAAAAUCUUUUUAGUUCCAUGAAAUGAGUAUUGUUAAAAAUCUGUCCUGUAAUAUGCUUUUAAAAUGUUUUCAAACGUUUUGGUGCAAAAAUGUUGCCAGGACUGGCGCAAUGUGGCGCAUUCGGUUGCCAGGACUGGCGCAUUGAUGUAUCUAAAACCUGGCAACCCUGUGACGAAGCAAGAAUAGAAAUGAACCUAACCGAACAACUGAAUAAAGGAGGAGCCAGCAGCCCGGACAGCGUCUGGAAUUGGUUGAAAAGAGAGGAACUGAGCACACUCUAGAUAGUAUAUGAAUUUAUUAAGAAAAUAGGAAGAAUAAUAUAAGAAAAGAGGGAGGCGGGGUAAUAACCCUGCAAAGAUAAGAGAUAUGUCAUAUAUCUGCAUCAGAUCAGACACAAUAAACCUCCAAAAAAAAAAAAACUUUAGCGAUUAAUAUCUCGCUUCCCGGAGCAGAGCGACGCUUUUUUUGUUAGAUUCGUUCGUUUGAAGCAAAAUCGCGUCGAAUAAGCACAACUACAUCGAUAUUUGAAUACCAGUGCCUAAACUGAAUCAUUACCAUUACCAAGAAAAGAGUGAAUGGUGAGGAGAGAAAUGCUUGGAAUUUACAAAGUGCUCGACAGAAUAUACAUAUAUGGACUCUAAAGCCUAUGUAUGCUGCUGUUGAUAAAUUUACCAAAAUUCAUCCCUUUUUAAAUUCAGCGAACCAUCAUAGAGAAUUGGCAGUACAAUUUAUGUCAAAAGGAUUACCUGAAAGUGUACUUUCUAGUUUUUCAAGUAUGUCACUAUUUUAUGGCAGGCCAGCAAAAGAGUCUAGGAUGCUCAAGGAGGGGGAGGAGACUUUGAUACUCACCGAAGACGACAACAAACCCUUGUGGAUUACUUGGAGACCAGCAAAACAUAACGGCUCUUACGUAUACAUCAACAACGCAAUGAUCCUCUCCAACCAGAGCAACGUUAAAUCAACGUUAAAAGUCAAGGGCAAAACCGUGAUUCAGAUCCUGCACAUCAUAAACGAGGUGCUGGAGCCAGUACAAUACAAUUCAAAUUAUUUGAAAGAAAAGUCCACUUAUAAUCCAAACGCUUUUGACGUUUUAAACCAGAUCGAGAAUCUCAAUUUGAGUGACUAUCGCGUACGUACUUUCCGACAGAGGGUCCUCAUCGAACAGAAGAAAUAUAUCUUCACGACGGAGGGUCGUUAUACCUUUUUCAUCCCCGUUGAUGAGGGUUUCAAGCCGGAGCAGAGAUCGUAUAAAAUCGAUCAACUAGUAAUUGAAGAUCAUAUAUUACCAAAUAAGAUCCUCUUCACCGCACCGACGCCGGAGAAAGUGCAGUAUCAGACCCUCGAGUUCUACAACAAACUGCCAGUCGUCGUCAGUUUUUUCAAGUCACAAAAUAAAGUCUACGUGCGGUCGGACACAUUGGUGGGCGUUGCGUCUCAUCAAUCAGGAAUGGUGCUGGCGGAGAUAGUCAAGGCAAAUAUUCCCGUACGCAACGGCGUAGUUCAUCUGAUAGAACGGCCGCUCACGGUCGUCGGCAGCACCUUGAAGGAUUUCCUGGAGGAAAACAAAAAUGGACCGGUGGGCAAAUUUUACGAGAUAAUUCACAAUUAUGGGGGCGAGAUUAUGAGUUCCAUCAGUCACCUGAAUGAUGUUACUCUGUUUGUGCCCAGCAAUGACGCGCUGGAUAAGACAGAUGUGAAAAAGAUGCUGCAGGACAAGAACUGGUUGAGAGAAAUCCUUAAACUUCACUACGUCAAGAAGCGGCUGACCCUUGAGGAAAUCGAAGACAAAGCCAUCAGGCUGGACAAAACUUUAAGCAGGAAAUGGUAUGACGGGGUGCCGACCGCCGCCUACAAUAAAAUGCUUUACUUCGACGUGGUGUGGAGAUCAACGGAGAUUUCAACCGUCACCGUAGAGGGCAGCGGUGGAAACGCUACUAUUAUUAUCCCCAACAUCGCCAUUACUAAUGGGAUUGUUCAUGUAAUCGACAGAGUUCUUGGAGUACCCUCUACUGAUGUCCUUGACAAACUCGGGACUUAUCAGGGGCUCAACUUGACUCACUUUCUGGGCCAGCAAUGCGGAUUUAACAACCAAUUGAACAAUACCAAAAAAUGGUUUACCUACUUUGUUCCGCUCGACGAGGCCUGGACAAACCCGGAAAAUAAUGAUUUGUCAACCAUUAAGAAAGUCUUUAUGCCCAAGUACAGUUAUUACGCGAAGAAGAUAUUGGCGCGACACCUCAUAAUAGCCAACCAGACGUAUAGAAUGACGAAACUGAUGGAAAUGAAUCUAAACUUCAAGGUCAAGGUAGAAAACGAAGAAAAUUACCGUUACGCCAAUAAGGUUGCGGAAAAGACGGGCGCUUGUUAGGCGACCGGGGCGUCGGCGGCUCCGACAACCAGCUACACAGCCCUAAAAAUGGUACAGGAGGAGGUUCGGUGCGGUUGCGGAUGGAGUCGGGAAGGCGAGAGGACUAUCAAAAACGUAAUAUCAAUUAAACGAAUAAGAAUAACUAUUACAUUUGGCGAGUUGAACACGUACAGAAUCUUAACGCUCAGUCGAGCGGCGGUCACUACCCACGCACGUGUCGAGCGGGUGAUCGCUCGCGAUUAAAUCUCCCGAACACAGGAACGAAUAUCGAAACGCAGCUUCACGUGUACGAAGAUUCUCCGGCGCACAGUGGGACCAAAGCUCUGUUUGAGUGGACAAAACUUUAUAAAUAAAAGUUAUUGCCGGAACUUCUGAUUAUUUUUAUUUUAUUUAGAAAUGUUCAAAGCAUAUGAAAACAGAUGUCAUUUUAUGAAUCAUUGUCAGAAUAACGAUAAAACCAGGCUCAAAGUCCGAGAUUGUGAGAGACUUCGAAACGUUUCAUAAAUCGUAGUAGUAACACGUUUGUUUGAUAAUCCUA